CUCUCUCCUCUCUCUUUCUCUCAGCUUUUGUGAUUAAAGGUCCACUUCUUUAUUUGCAGUAUACAUACAGUCAACAACACAGAGUAAGAUAAAGGAUCAUCAACCGAAAAAGGGAGCCUCUGCAACCACGAAAAUCACAUCUACUGAAGAAGAAAAAGGCACAAGGGACGUGAUGCGAGUGAGAUAACUCCUAAAUGAUCGUCUGAUUUUCGAGAUUAUUCAGUUUCUACACCUCACAAUUCCAAUUUUUCGAGAUCAAGCAGCAUGGGAAUUUGCUUCAGUUCUGCCUCCGUUGAUCAAAGCCCGCCGCAAUCUACCAACCAAUUCAGCUCAGUGGCGACGUCGGAGGCGACGAUGAGGAGCACGAUGACGUCUUCGAGCGGCGGCAGCAGCAGCACAAUUUCCGCCGGAAGUUGCGGUGGGAGUUUUAGUCCGGCAGGGAAGAUGCUUGAGCAGCCGAAUUUGAGGGUUUUCACCUUGGCGGAACUCAAGGCGGCGACUCGGAAUUUCAGAAGUGAUUCAGUGCUUGGAGAAGGAGGUUUUGGGAAAGUUUACAAGGGGUGGGUCGAAGACAGAGCCACCGGCAAAACAACCAUAAUUGCUGUCAAAAAGUUGAAUUCUGAAAGUAUGCAAGGGUUUCAAGAGUGGCAGUCUGAGGUGAACUUCCUUGGAAGACUUUCCCAUCCCAAUCUGGUGAAGCUGUUGGGGUAUGGUUUGGAGGACACAGAGCUGCUUCUUGUGUAUGAAUUCAUGGCUAAAGGCAGCUUGGAGAACCAUCUCUUUGGAAGGGGCGCGUCUGUGCAGCCGCUUCCAUGGGACAUUAGGCUCAAGAUAUUGAUCGGAGCAGCUCGUGGUCUGGCCUUCCUGCACGCUUCUGAUAGAAAAGUUAUCUACAGGGACUUCAAGGCCUCAAACAUAUUGCUUGAUGGAUCAUACCAUGCCAAGAUAUCUGACUUUGGCCUAGCAAAGAAUGGUCCAACAGCUAGUAAAUCCCAUGUGACCACACAGGUUAUGGGGACAUAUGGUUAUGCAGCUCCGGAAUAUGUUGCCACUGGGCACUUGUAUGUGAAGAGCGAUGUGUAUUGCUAUGGCGUGGUGUUGGUAGAAAUGCUGACAGGGCUGCGCGCGCUUGACACCAACCGGCCUUCCGGGCAACACAGCCUGGGUGAUUGGAUCAAGCCACAUCUAUCAGAUAGGAGGAAGUUGAAGCGCAUCAUUGAUGCCCGGCUAGAAGGCUAUCCCAGCAAAUCAGUACACCACGUAGCCCAGCUUGCCUUGCAUUGCCUCGAAAGUGAGCCCAAAAACAGACCAUCCAUGCAGGAGAUAGUUGAGAGACUGGAAAAAAUCGGUUCUUCUAGUGACAGGCCUAGAGAGCGUAGAGCGCAGUCCGGCAGUCCUCAUGCAGUGAGUCGCCGUGGCCAUCAACCGCUACAGCAUCGUUCUCCACUUCAUCCUAAACCAGAGGCCACAGAAUCCUAUCCUCUGCCACAGCGCUCAUAAAACUAAUUAUAUAGUAUAUGUGUUCUUUGUGUUCUGUCAUCUUCUUAUUGUUUCUGUGAUAGCUAAGAGUAGGCAUAAGUGUGCCAUUUUUGUGGUUGAUGUAAAGUUGUGUAAAAAAUGUUGAGAUGUUCAUGCCAUGUGUUCAAAUGUAUGCUAUUUAUACGUGGAGAGACUUGAUUAUGUGCAGGAUUUUUAAAGAAAUUUUAGCUAUAUAAUAUAGUACUUGAUGGUUGUAUUUGA